AUGAUAUCAUCAAGAUUACUUUCUUCUCAUCAAAACAUCACAUCAACUGCACUCUCAAAGAUACUAUCAUCAGCAAACAAAGCAUUGACAUCUUCAUCUUCAUCUUCACAACAACAACGAUCAUUAUACGAGAAUGUAUCAAUGAACAAUAAUAAUGAUCAAAUAAACUCUACAACAACAACUAGACAACAAUACCAAUUUAAAAGACAAAGAUCAUGGUUAUUACAAGAGAGUAAUACCAAUUCAACCAAAUCAUCAAGUUAUGUAACUUAUAACAAUUCGAAUCCAUUCUCUACCUAUUUCAUUCAACAAAACAACCACCAAUCAUCAUCAUUAUCAUCAUGUCAAUACUCCAAGUCAUCAUCAUCGCCACCAGUUCAAAUUGGACAACCAACACAUGAAACACAUCCACAUCUAUUGGCAAAGGGUGAAGUGAUCAAAGGAGUACAAUUGCAAGAGUUUAAAGACCGUAGAAAGAGAUUCAUUUCAGCAUUUGCAGAUGGAUCGAUAGUGAUUCUAUUUACACCACCCGAACCAAUGAUGUCGUACGACAUCCCAUUUUCAUUCCGUCAAAACACCAACUUUUUCUACUAUACUGGAUUCAAUGAACCAGAAGGCAUAUUGGUCAUGGAAAAGAUAUCAGACAACCUUCACACUGAAACUAUGUUUGUCAGAGAAAAGAUACCUGAAAAGGAACUAUGGGAAGGUCCACGAUGCGGACCAAGUAAUGCUGUCUCUAAAUUUGGUGUCAACAAUGCAUAUACAUUGGAUGAACUUCACAUAUUGAAUGAUAUCAUUCGUAAAUCCUCUAGUCGAGGUAUAUUUAUUAAUAGUGUACGUUGGGAUAAUUUAAAAAUUGAUUAUAAUAAUAAAACAUUAUAUGAUGUUGAACCAUACUUGCAAAUGUCAAGAUUAGUAAAAUCAGAAUCGGAAAUUAAAAUGAUGAUGGAAAGUGGAUCGAUUGCAGGUCAGUCGUUUAAAGACACGAUGAAAUUUGUUAAACCUGGAAUGAACGAAUAUCAAGCCAGUGCAUUCUUUGAAUUUAGUGUAAAGAAUCGUGGUGCACAACGUAUGUCGUAUCCGCCGGUUGUGGCAGGUGGCAACAAUGCAAACACACUCCAUUACAUCUCCAACAACAUGUUGUUAAAGAGUGGUGACUUGCUACUUAUGGAUGCAGGUUGCGAAUUUUGGGGAUUCACAAGUGACAUUACUCGAACUUUUCCAGUCAAUGGAAAAUUCACAGACGCUCAAAAACAUCUGUACGAAGCAGUAUUGGACGUUAACAAAAAAUGUAUCGAGAUGUGUCGUGCUGGCCAGACAAUCAACACUAUUCACAGAUACUCGGUCGAGUUGAUCAUUGGUCAUUUAUUGCGUCUUGGUAUUCUCGAUAGAGAACCUGGUACCACAUCAAGUGCACCAAUCACAAAACAAGAGAUUGAAGAUCACGUCAGACUUGGUAAAUACCAUAAAUUCUAUCCACACUCUAUUGGACAUUACUUGGGUAUGGAUACACAUGACACCAUGUCUAUUCCCUAUGGAGAGAUACUCAAACCAGGUAUGAUCAUUACUAUAGAGCCUGGAAUAUAUAUCAAUGAAUACGACCAUGAAGUAUCAGAACAAUGGCGUGGAAUCAAUAUACGUGUUGAAGACGAUGUCGCCAUCACUCAAGACGAUCCCAUUAACCUAACUAUUGAUGCUCCCAAAGAAGUUGACCAAAUUGAAUAUAUUAUGAAUAGUGAUAAUUAA